AGACGCAUCGAUUUAAUACGUAUUCAAAAUGAUAUGGAACUUACUUUUGCUAGUAGUUUUAUUCUUAUUGUGGUUAAGCAGAAGAAGUAACAAAAAUAUCAUGAAAGUAUACAAAGAAAUUGGUUCGGGAUUUAAAAAAAUGCCUUUGGUAGGCCACACUUAUUUAUUACUAGGAAAUGAUGAAGACAGAAUGAAAGGGUUUCAGAUGAUCGGCAACGAUGCCAUCAAACGUGGCGGCAUGUCGUGCUAUUGGCAUGGGAAUAGAUUGUUUGUUGUUUCAGUGGAUCCGGUAGAAUUAGAUGUAAUUCUGAAAAACUGUCUUGAGAAAGACGACUUAAUGAAAUUCUCCCGAAUCCUGACCGGCAACGGAAGCAUUUUUGCUCCAGUUAACAUCUGGCAUCGACGUCGCAAGUUAUUGAAUCCUCAUUUUGGUACGAAGAACCAGAAUAACUUUAUGAAGACCUUUAUAAAGCAGAGCGCUGUGCUUGUGGACAACCUCAGAAAGGAAGCAGAUAAUGGCACAUUCUCUGUUUGGGACUAUCUCACGGCUUACACCCUGGAUUCGGUUUGUGAAGCGACUCUCGGUGUACAAAUGAAUAGCCAGGCCCACUCCAAUCUCGAGUUCUUGAGGUCGUUUGACGUAUGCUCCUCGUUGGGAGCCGCUCGUAUUUGCCAGCCAUGGCUUCAUAGCGACAUAAUCUAUCAUAGACUGCAACGCUAUAAGACUUACCAGAAGAAUACAGAGUAUGUCCUCGAUUUUGUUAAGCAGAUAGUGCAAUCGAAACGUCGGCAAGUUGAAAAUGAACCGGAUUCCAAAACCCAAUGCGACAAACAAAUACCCACAAGUGACAAUGGAAUGAAAACGGUCCUAGAACUUUUAAUUUUAAAUAAAACUUUCAACGACGUGGAACUUCAAGAAGAAGCGUUCGUUAUGAUCAUCGCCGGCACCGAUACUUCGGCCAUCGGUAUAUCCUUCACGUUACUCAUGCUGGCCCGAUAUCCUGAUGUACAAGAGAAAGUCUACCAGGAGAUCCAGGAAUUGUUCGGUGACUCAGAGAGGCCGCCCGAAGUGGAAGACAUCCAUCGUCUUCUGUACUUGGAUGCAGUGAUCAAAGAAGCGAUGCGAUUAUAUCCUCCGGCGCCAGUCAUCAUAAGGAAAGUCGAAAGAGAAACUAAACUGCCAUCCGGAUUAAUACUGCCGCGGGACAUUGGGAUUUUAAUACCAAUCUGGUCCGUGAACCGCAAUCCUAAGUACUGGGGCGACGACGCCGAUGUAUUUAGACCCGAGCGGUUUUUGGAUGGUACCAAAAGACAUCCAACAGCAUUCAUGACGUUUAGCCAGGGACCGAGAGCUUGUCUAGGCUUUAAGUUCGCUAUGAACUCAGCUAAGGCGGCUCUGGCUUCCAUCCUUCGCCACUACCGUAUCAAACCACCGUCAGAACUGACCUCAAUGUCCCCAGGACAAUACCCUCCUAUCAGGGUCAAGUUUGCCCUAAUGACGAGGGACGUUGAUAAUUUCAGGAUACAAUUAGAAUCUAGAUCGUAAUUGUAUGUUCUUAAGGCAUAAUGUCCCGAUUAUUAUUUUGAAUACUUUAUGCUAACUACCUUCAGUCGAUGAAUAAAAUCUAAGUCGUCGGUGAUCACAAAAACCGGUAAAGUGUUCGAAAGCCGGAAAUAAUAAACCAUAGAUUAUACACUUAAUAUAUUCGAGAUAAUAAACUGUAACUGUUCACUCGGGCAUCAUCGGGGGCAAUCGGAAUUCCCGAACACACGAGACGCGCGACGCGGCGACGAAGCCACCCGAGAACAGCGCGAGCGAACUCAUCGAUUAGGUACAUAAAAAUAAUACCAAAUAACAUUUGUUAUCUUCUAGCGUCUUAUCUACUAUUAUUUAUUCGCUUUUACAUGUUACAACUAUCAUUUUCUUUUCGCCGGUAUACGUUAUAAACAUUUUGUGUGAAAGUGUUUGUAAAAUAUUAUGUUUGACUUAUUUAUGUAAUCUGCCCGCUAUUUUGGUAGGUAAAUGAAUUUUAAUUUAAGUUAAUAAUUGGUGAGUUACUUAAUAAAAACUCUUAAAACUGUAAAAAGUGUAUGCUCCUCACUUUCCAAUUAAAUUUCAAAUGCUUAGCUUUAGGAAGAAAAUCGAUAAUUAUAUAUUUUACGGAUUUAUAUUAUGUAUAAUGAAAAAACAUGUAUACAUCAAUUUACAUAAC